AAAAAUAUUACAAAUUCACAGCAUACACAGUAUCCUAGUAUCCUACCUUAUUCCCUGAUAUAACCAUAUGAAGUUUUAGUAGAACAUGGAUGACCCAAUUACAACUCAUGAGUUUGUAUUGCCUGUAACAAAAGUAAAAAAUGAUGCUGACAUGAAACUAUGGAUGAAAUCAUCUGCAUACAAUGAUUUUCUGGGGUUUUUGACAAUGUUAAACGCAGCAGUAAAGGGUAAACCUUCAAGUACACUAUGUCAAAUUUCCCCUAGGACUCAAGCCCUGCUGGAUCUAUUGGACACCCUAUCACAAUGGGUCGAUGAUUGCCCUGCAAUAGAGCAACCUCAAAGGUUUGGGAACAAAGCAUUUCGGACCUGGAUGGAAAAAUUACGAGAAAAUGCGACAAAACUUGUCCAGAAUAUUCUACCUGAAAAUUUACAGCGAGCAGCAGAAGAAGUAGCCGACUAUUUAAUCAAUAGCUUUGGAAAUCAAACUAGAAUUGAUUACGGGACUGGCCAUGAGGCAUCUUUUGCUGCGUUUUUGUGUAUUUUAUAUAAACUCCGUCUAUUUACCACUGAAGACCAAUUAUCUCUCGCCACAAAAGUUUUUGUAUCUUACCUCAAUUUGGCACGGAAACUGCAGAAAACGUAUAGAAUGGAACCAGCCGGAAGUCAGGGUGUUUGGGGUUUGGACGACUACCAGUUCAUUCCAUUUAUUUGGGGCUCGUCCCAGUUGUGUAUGAAUCCUGAUAUAACACCGAAGGAUUUUGUCGAGCCCAAAGUUGUAAACAAGCACCAUGAAGACUUCAUGUUUCUUGAAUGUAUAAAGUACAUAAAUGAGGUCAAAACGGGCCCGUUUGCUGAGCACUCGAACACUUUAUGGGGUAUCAGUGGUGUCCCACAUUGGAGCAAAGUAAAUUCGGGACUUAUAAAAAUGUACAAAGCUGAAAUGCUGCAUAAAUUUCCUGUAAUUCAACAUUUUCGUUUUGGUUCAAUUUUGUCAUUUACUGAGUAUAAAUAGGUAAUUAACACAAAAUGAAUACACACAAAAGCAGUUUGGGAUAUUAUGUUUCGCUUUUUUUUUUUUUUUAUAUAAUAAUAAACAAGUCCCCCAAAUUUUACCAUUGAACUGUGUUACAAGUACUUGCUUUAAACAUAGACGAAAACAGUAUACACCAAUGCAAAAAGAUGAUUUAUCUGUACUUUUUGUUCAAAUAUUACU